AUAUAGAAAUCUAAAUAAUGCAGUCGAGAACGGUUUCGGCGUUCCAGACCACACAGAAAUCGUAUGACAGUAUUACGGAAAACAGUAACAGUCAAGAUGCUAUCCAAAUAUUCAAAUUCGAUGAAGACACCGAAAAAAUUAUAUUUUACGAAGAUCGGCUGCAGUUACUGAAACGUGAUGAAAUCAAAGAUUGUAAAGUUUGCGUCAUUUCAAUCAAUGGAAGCUACAGAACAGGCAAAUCUUUCCUCCUCAAUUUUUUUUUGCAUUACCUUAGAAACAAGUGCGAAAAUGUAAAAGAAUGGAUGGACGUAGAUGACACACUGACUCCUGGAUUUUUAUGGAAAAGUACUGUGAACAGAGUUACAGAUGGUAUUUUUAUAUGUCCAGAGAUUUUUUUAACGAAAACAAAAAAAGGCGAACAAAUUGCUAUAAUUUUGAUGGACACUCAAGGAACGUCCGACAACAGAGCCUCUGACACUGAGUGCUCUAAAAUUUUUGCCCUCAGUGCAUUAAUUAGCUCGGUCCAAAUUUACAACCUCCAGAAGAAACUUAAUUCAGAUGACCUGAAAAUGUUACAAUUAUUUACGGGAUAUGGCGCAAUGUUUAGCGAAAGCGGGCACAAACCUUUCCAAGAUUUGCUCAUUUUGAUUCGAGAUUGGAUACAUCCUGAUGAAUUCGAUUUCGGUUUUGAAGGUGGCAAAGAAUUAUUAAAUUCAGCAUUUAAAAAUCACAAAAAAUCCAACCUGAGCGAAAUACAACAAAUUAUUCAAGGAAACUUCCAGAAUAUUCGAUGUUUUUUGAUGCCAAAUCCUAAAGAGAAAGUCGAGACGAAGGCAUUUUAA